AUGAAGAGUUUGCAUGAGACUAUGAGAAUGACAUCACCGGGGCACCGGGGCGAUAAUCCAGAGCGAAACAUUUUAAUACAAACGCUGCGACAGGAAAUAUUAAUCAGUACAGAAAAAAAAGAAGAGAACGAGCGUAUGACUUUAAAACUAUUUCUUUAUUUUUUUCGUUUUCCUUCUUUGUCGUCUUACAACAAACACACGCGAUUCAUAAGCAUGAAUGAUGGAGUAGAGAAAGAAGAAAAAGAAGAAACGAGAACACCAAGCGACAAGUACUUACUCCAAUUUAGAUUAAGAGGCUUUACGAUGCAAACUCAAAAGUCUUGUAGUGAUUGUGAUAAGAGGAGAAGUAAACUGCGGUGUUUCAUUCAUGCAUUGCUCAUUGAAUUAUGA